UUUCCCAGUGGGGCAGUCGACGAGGGCCUCACUUGUGAGGUAGCGUUUGAGCAGAUACCUGAAGUGUGGGAACAAGCCAUUCCGGCACCAGGCGGACAGACAGCAAGGAAAGGCUCUCGCGCUGGUUAGGAAGAAGCGAGGCCAGUGUGGCUGGAAUGUGUGCAUAGAAACUGAGGACAGGCCAGAUCACGCAGGACGCGAAGAACACUGGCUGCCGCCCUCCUUCGCCCAUCCAACACCCAGAGGAUUCGGGCCCCCCAGCUUGUUCAGGGGCGGGGUACGGAGAACUGGGAGAGCAGAAUGGCUUAUGCUGAGGAGCAGGGAGGUAUCCCGUGUGGUUUCAUCCGCCAGAAUUCCAGCAACUCCAUUUCCUUGGACUUUGAGCCCGACACGGAGUUCCAGUUUGUGGAGCAAUUAGAGGAGCGCUACAAAUGUGCCUUCUGCCACUCCGUGCUGCACAACCCCCACCAGACGGGCUGUGGGCACCGCUUCUGCCAGCAGUGCAUCGUGUCCCUGAGAGAAUUAAAUGCAGUCCCACUCUGUCCUGUAGAUAAGGAGGUUAUCAGAUCUCAGGAGGUGUUCAAAGACAAUUGCUGCAAAAGGGAAGUCCUCAAUUUAUAUGUGUAUUGCAAAAAUGCUCCUGGUUGUAAUGCCAAGAUUAUUCUGGGACGAUACCAGGACCACCUCCAACAGUGCCUAUUUCAAGCUGUGCAGUGUUCUAAUGAGAACUGUCAGGAACAAGUCCUUCGGAAAGAUCUGAAAGAACAUUUGAGUGCACGUUGCCAUUUUCGAGAGGAAAAAUGCCUUUAUUGCAAAAAAGAUGUGGUAGUAAUCUAUCUACAGAAUCAUGAGGAAAACUUGUGUCCUGAGUACCCAGUAUCUUGUCCUAACAGGUGUUUGCAGAUUAUUCCAAGAACUGAGGUGGAUGAACACCUCGCUGUGUGUCCUGAAGCUGAACAAGACUGUCCUUUUAAGCACUAUGGCUGUACUGUAAAGGCCAAACGGGGAAACCUGCAGGAGCAUGAGCAUUCAGCCUUACGGGACCACAUGCUUCUGGUUCUAGAAAAGAACUUCCAAUUAGAAGAACAGAUUUCUGAUUUAUAUAAGAGCCUAGAGCAGAAAGAGAGUAAAAUCCAGCAGCUAGCAGAAACUGUAAAGAAAUUCGAAAAGGAGUUCAAGCAGUUUGCACAGCUGUUCGGCAAAAAUGGAAGCUUCCUCUCAAACAUCCAGGCUCUCGCCAGUCACAUUGACAAGUCAGCUUGGCUAGAAGCUCAAGUGCGUCAGUUAUUACAAAUGGCUAACCAGCAACAAAAUAAAUAUGAUCUGAGGCCUUUGGUGGAAGCGAUCGAUACAGUGAAACAGAAAAUUACCCUGCUAGAAACCAAUGAUCAGAGACUAGUUGUUUUGGAAGGAGAGACUAACAAACAUGAUGCCCACAUUAAUAUCCAUAAAGCCCAACUGAAUAAAAAUGAAGAGCGAUUUAAGCUGCUGGAAGGAGCCUGCUAUAAUGGAAAGCUCAUCUGGAAGGUGACGGACUAUAAGAUGAAGAAGAGAGAGGCACAGGACGGGCACACAGUGUCCAUCUUCAGCCAGCCUUUCUAUACCAGCCGGUGCGGCUACCGGCUCUGUGCUAGAGCAUACCUGAACGGGGACGGGUCUGGGAAAGGGACGCACCUGUCACUGUACUUCGUGGUCAUGAGAGGGGAGUUUGACUCCCUGUUGCAGUGGCCGUUCAGGCAGAGGGUGACCCUGAUGCUUUUGGACCAGAGUGGCAAAAAGAACCACAUUAUGGAGACCUUCAAGGCUGACCCCAGCAGCAGUAGCUUUAAAAGACCCGACGGGGAGAUGAACAUUGCGUCUGGCUGCCCCCGCUUCGUGGCUCACUCCACUUUGGAGAAUGCCAAGAACACCUACAUUAAAGAUGACACCGUGUUCCUGAAAGUGGCUGUGGAUCUAACUGACCUGGAGGACCUCUAGUCCCUGUUUCUGGGGUGAGGGAAGGGCGUGUUGGGCCCAGAACCGUGGAGAAGGACACCUGUGAUUAUCAUAUGGAUAGACUUAGAGCUCAGUACACAUUUGUAGUUGGCUUUUUGCCCCUGGUGUUUGAAGUCCGUUUAAAACUUCUCAAGUGCUAUCAUCUUUUUACAUUUUACUCUGUCCCAGUUUGAAACUUAAAACACUUAGACUAUCCUCUCAUUAUUUAUAUUUUUAUAUCUCUUAAAAAGAUGUUAAGUUUCUUGAAAGCAAGGUCUGGGGCCUGUCAUUUUUACUGGUGCUUGGCAUAGUGUCUCAGGGUAGGCACUGUGUGAAAUGUUAUUGAGGACCCAGAGGAAGAAUUGAAAAUGCUUCAGCAUUUUAUUAUUUGGCCUGCUGAUUCUCGACCUGAUCGUAAGCCUAUAAAAGCCAUCUUUCAGGAUAGGCUGUCCCAAUUACAUAGUUGGAUGGUGUACUUUCAAAGACAGUAUGCCCAGUUUGGACCAGACUUUAUUUGGUCAAAUGCUUAAUUUGUGGAAAUUACUAUACCUCUAAAUAUUUUCAUUAAAAAUCAGGCAGCAAGUACAGUUUUGCAAGGCUGCAUUAGAACUGGUGAAUAGAGAAAGAUUUUCAUUCUUCCUGUUGAAGUAAACAGAAAAUAUUGCGUGGGGUGUGUGUGUGUGUGUGUGUGUGUGUGUGUGUGUGUGUGUGUGUAGAGAGGGAUACAGUAUAUACCUAUAUAUAUAUGGAGAUAUAGCCAUCCAACUAAAGUUCAUAUUUUAUUAGGUUCAACCAUGUGAAAAAACUACUUUCAUACAUCAGAAAAUGUCAAGUAUUAACAGUUUCAUGAGGUUCAAUUUAGUACUUGUAUAUGUAUACACCUAGUUUGAAGGUAUUUUUGGUAAUAAUAGUAAUGUGAGGAUGGGCAGAAUUUAGCAUAUGAAUGAGAAAAUGUCAUAAAUGGAUAAGAGAAAUUUGAAACUUAGGGAGAACACCACUUUUUAUUCCUAUGGUAUCAAAAGUAUUCUCAUCCCAAACUGAUUGCAAAAAGCAGUAUCUCCUAUUCUUUUUGAGAGAACUUUUGAAUUCACAAAUUGGUAUGAAAAUUUAUAUAAACUUGUGACUUAUCGAAGUGUGAGUACUUUGUGAAAACAGAAAUGAUUAUAUUCUUAUGCA